AUGCAGUGGGGUCUCGGACUGCUAUGGAUCGUCUUCUGUUUGAAGGUGAUGAAGGACUCAGUGGACCGCAUGGAUCGCAGCCUGCAGUCCCUUUUCUUCUACGAGGCUUUCCUCUACUACAACCCCCUCCUCAUGAUCGCGCUGAUGGUGUGGCUGUGGGGCAUCAACCUGUAUGGGCUGGCGCACUCGCGGGUCAGCUACGCCAAGGUGUUCGACCUGGACCACAGCCACCUCACGCACACGCAAAUAUGGCAGGUGUCAGCAGCGCUCUCCCUGGCAGUGCUCUCUUCCAUGACAGCCUACAUGUUCCUCUUCUCCCACGGUCUCAUCAACCUUGCUGCAACACAACCUGUACUGAUGUACUGUUCUCUACCCCUCACCCUCGCCCUGCCCUUUGAUGUUCUCUACGCCCCCUCUCGCGUCUACUUCCUAACCACUCUCUUUCGACUCACCUUCCCCCUGCAACCAAUCACGUUUGCGGAUUUCUUUGUGGCUGAUGUGCUCACCUCCAUGGCCAAGGUGUUGUCUGAUGUGGAGCGGUCUAUCUGCCGCAUGUCCCAUGGCCAGGUGGCGAGUAUAGCAUGGAUGGACGCAGGGGACGUGUGCGGCAGCCACUCCCUCAUGAUCCCCAUCGUGCUCGCCUUCCCCUACGCCUGCCGCUUCUUCCAGUGCCUGCGCCAGUAUUCCGACACCCGCGACAAGUCCUGUCUACUGAAUGCAUUCCCGGUGAUCGUACUAUCAGCCACCAAGUACCAUGUGCCUGUAGAGCGGUGGAGAGCGGUGUACCGCCCGCUCUGGCUCAUGGCCUCUGUGGUCAACUCAUGCUACUCCUACUACUGGGAUAUAUCAAGGGAUUGGGAUUUUGGGUAUGUUCUCUUGCUGUUCCUAUCUCUGGGAGGCACGCCAUAA